AAAUUAUUCCUCCAGGUGUCCUGGGUAGGCGAGGCUACAAGGACAGUUCUUCGCUCUGACUUCGGGUUAGCAAGUCUGAGGAACGGAGUGGGAAGUGGAAUCAUGCACCUGUUCUUCUUCGCCGUUGGCCGACCCCAAUGACUACAGUACCCACGUAACAUUGCGCUGUCUCCCUCGUUCUCUCUUGCUCCGCUCUCUGCGCCAGUCUGUUCGAGGAACCAGUUCGUUUGGCCCUUUUUCUGCCUGCUCACUGUUGCCUGGUGUCAACCUACGCCGAGAAGAGACAUCCCUCCCUCUUCCCCCUUCAGAGGUUGCUUCCAAUUUGCCUUCGCCUUUCUUAUCGUCACUACCAUUGGCUUUUGCGCUGCCAGUCAGCCGCUUCCUUUUAGCAGGAGAGUUGAGUAGCAACAGCUCGGAAACAUCUGGCUGCCGCAGCUCUUCGCUCUCCGCUCGCUUGCCCCGUCUUUCCUGCCACUGCAGGUUGUUAUGGAAAGCUGUUGAAAGUCAAUCUAGUUAUUUUUCAACCGAGGAGGAUCUGAAGGAGGAAACAGGAACAUAUCGGAUCUCCCUGUCUCUCCCUCUCUCAUUGCAAAGGAGUUGCCUACAGCCUACUUCACUAUCACAGUGGACUGAAGCGAGUUCAUGUAUACUGCAGCAGGUUAUGAAGACAGCAUGGAGUUCCCUGACCACAGCAGGCAUCUCCUCCAGUGUCUGAGGGAGCAGCGGCACCAGGGCUUCCUGUGCGACUCCACCGUCCUGGUGGGCGAGGUCCAGUUCCGGGCGCACCGCGCAGUGCUGGCCUCCUGCAGCAUGUACUUCCACCUCUUCUACAAGGACCAGAUGGACAAGCGCGACGUGGUGCACCUCAACAGCGACAUCGUCACGGCACCCGCCUUCGCCCUCUUGCUGGAGUUCAUGUACGAGGGCAAGCUGCACUUCAAGACGCUGCCCGCGGAGGACGUGCUCGCCGCCGCCAGCUACCUGCACAUGUACGACAUCGUCAAGGUGUGCAAGAAGCGGCUCAAGAAGAAGGCCACGACCGAGGCGGACAGCACCAAGCGCGAGGACGACGCCGCGUCCAGCUGCUCCGACAAGGUGGAGAGCUUCUCGGAGGGCGGCAGCACGGGCCGCCCGGCCACCGCUGACCUGCUGGCCAGCGACGACGACGGCGAGGCGGACGUGAAGCGCAACGGGCUGCAGGACGCCGGAGGCAUGUGGAUGCGACUGUCGUCCUCGGAGCGCGCGGGCACCCCCGCCACCGCCAGUAGCCCCGGGGAGGGCGAGGGCGCGACGACGCGGUCCGACAGCAGGAAGUCGCCGAGAGGCAGCCCCUGCAGCUCCACGGGCUCGCUGUCCCGGAGGUCGGCCGCCUCGCGCAGGGUGUCGUCGGACGCCGACUGCGUGCUGGACCUGUCGGUGAAGUCGGGUCUGGGCGGUGGCCCGGGAGAGGCGGUGUCCAGCUUGCCCUUCCUGUGUGGGGGGGGCGUGGGCACGCCGGACAGCCUGGCACAGGCGGGGCUGGUGCAGGUGAAGCUGGAGAAGGACACGGGCUCAGACGACGAGGACAUGGCGACCGCCGACUACGACAUGGAGCAGAGCGGCGCCAUCAUCGUGGGGAAGGAGCGCAGGUCGCCCCCCUCGCUCCUGCUCUCGGGCAACGCCAACGGCAACCCCAAUCACGGCACGGUGGGCGGGGUCCUGUCGGCAGCCCAGCGGCGCUUCGGGCUGGAGGCGCACCUGUCAGCGCUGCGCGAGGCCGCGUUGCCCAGCGACAUGGAGCGAGACGAGAAGCCCGACGACGAGGACAUGCUGGGGGUCGGCAACGCUUCCGAGCGCGCUCAGGCGGCCGACGCUCUCCUCCCCUACGUCUCCAACAUGCUGGGCGGCCCCCACCCCCAGAUCUUCAUGUGCCCCCUCUGCAACAAGGUCUUCCCCAGCCCCCACAUCCUGCAGAUCCACCUCAGCACGCACUUCCGCGAGCAGGAGGGCGUGCGCGCCAAGCCGGCCAGCGACGUCAACGUGCCCACCUGCUCCAUCUGCGGCAAGACCUUCUCGUGCAUGUACACGCUGAAGCGGCACGAGCGCACGCACUCCGGCGAGAAGCCCUAUACCUGCACCACCUGCGGCAAGAGCUUCCAGUACUCGCACAACCUGAGCCGCCACGCCGUGGUGCACACCCGCGAGAAGCCGCACGCGUGCAAGUGGUGCGAGCGGCGAUUCACGCAGUCCGGGGACCUGUACCGGCACAUCCGCAAGUUCCACUGCGAACUGGUCAACUCGCUCUCGGUCAAGAGCGAAGCGCUCAACCUGCCCAACGUCAGGGACUGGGCGCUGGAAGACAGCUCGCAAGAACUGUGGAAAUGAGGCUCCGGGCUAAACAACAACAAAUAUACACAUGUGUGUGUGUGUAAAAACAGAAAUGAACAGAACUGCUUUUUAAGUUAUAAAAGCUAAAACAUUUGAAAUGGCAUUUGUUCUGAAGAAAGGUAAGGGGAUGUAGAAGUCAUGGGGUAGGAGGUAGGGUGGGAAGGAAGGAUGGAGGGAGGGGGAGGGAGGGAGGGAGGGGGGGGGGUGGGAUCUGAGUCAGUCAAGUUUCUUUUGUGUUCAUUGCAAAACUCUCGUUGAAUUGCACUUUAAUAACACAUGAAAUGUUACUACUGAUUAUUUCUUUUUUCUUAUUUUUGUUUUCUCUUGUUUUGUACAAAAACACAUGGGCAGUUGCCGGUUACAUGUUGAUACACACUCCUUCAGUUUUUACUCUCCGAAAUGUGUAAAUACACGAACACACACUCAAAUUUCUAUAAACUCCGCAAAGGGUUGUCUGAACCAUUUAAUGAAGAUUUCAGAUACACUAAACGGGUACUGUGCUGACGAGUAAUAUACCUGGACACACAUUUUCUCACAGGAGGGUGGGUUGAUCUUUAGUGCACUACUAGACUUACACUUGCAAAAUCUCUGAUCUGGUUGUGUGCGUGUGUGUGCAUGCAUUGCUGCGUGUGUGCGUGCGUGUAUGCGUGCGUGUGCGUGUGCGUGUGCGCGUGUGUGUUCUGACGAGAAAGAAAACCCUGCGAAGACAUUCAACACGGGGAGCUCCUUGCUUGUGUUCCUUGUGUUCUUGUACACUUGUUUUGUGGUAGGGGAACUUGACUGAUGGCAGAUAAUGUGGCACUCAUGCAAUAUACAGUUUCCUUUUUCAUAUCAACAGAAGCAUUUUUCUAAGCAAACAGAGGACUAUCUUUUCACGAGUAACAAUUCUGUGUAUUGCCCCCAAUCCCCCCCCCUCUCCUUCCUUGCUGCAGUCCUUAAAACCUCCUUGUUAAAUAGAGACGGAGUGUAGGGGGAAGUGGAUACACACACAUACACACACACCACAGAACUCUGUUGUGUUUUUAAGAAAUUCUUUCGGAAUCUGGGAUCUGUUGUUGCAUGAAGUCCGACCUGUAUAUUUAAGCAAAAAAAAAAAAAAAAAAAAAAAAAGACAAAAAACACACAAAAGAAUACAAUGUGAAUUUGCUGUAUUUGCUAUACACUGUAAAUGAGCAGAGCUCAACUGCUCACAGGCUCCACUCGUUUUGAUUUUCAAGUCAUAUUAUUAUUACCGCUAUUGAAAUGAAAUUGCAUGAAUUUAAUUUAUCUCAUGAUUUUUGUUUGUUUGUUUUUAUUAUUUUUUUGGCAUUUGAAAGGUGUAAUUUAAUCAGAAUUUUCUUUGUCCUAAGUAGUUUAUUUUAUAUUCUUAAAUAUUGAUUUUGUUUUCUCUGCUCCCUAGUGAGAGUCUAGGGACGUAGAGCUACUCUGCUGGGCUGUGAAGUUGUGGUCUAAAUGCACUGAAGUUAGGUCUCUGUGUGUAUGUGUUCUACAGAAAGAGAUAACUGGGAAGAAAGAAAGAAAUAAAGAAAAAGAAAAAAAGCUAAAAGGUAAAAAGCUUCUCAUCAGCCGUAGAGAUCAGCGUAGACAGAGCCAGUCCCUCCGAGAGGUGCCUGUGUGUGUGUGUGUGUGCGCGCGCAAGCGUUUUUCUUUGUGUGUAUGUGUGUCAGGUCUGUUAAGGUGUCCUCGUUCACGCACUGGAUUGAAAUCUGCCCGCCCACCCUACCUGCUGCUGUAUGUGUGAGGCUUCUGCUGCCCUGUCAUCUCAAAGCGCAGGUCCCGUAUUUAUUUGUGUGUGUGUGUGUGAUUUAAUUUUUUUGAUUGGCACUUGCUUGGUGCAUUUCACAGCCGGUGGGACUACAUCAUCUCUUAGUUUGACGCGGACACCUGGCCAUAGACUCAGACGAAUCUUUGAGCAGAUCAGUGCCAUGGAAUCUAUCACACUUGUGUGUGUGUGUGUGUGUGUGUGUGUUUUGAAGAUCUAAUCUGUAUUCCUGAUAGGAUGAUUUUUUUUUGGCACACUCGGAUGCACCUUCUCAGUCUUAAUGGAAUUCCUUUCACUCUGAGAAGGAAGAGCACAUUCUGAGAGCGUAUAGCACUGUGCCCUGCCCUUCUGCUCCAGCAGGAGUCAAACUCGUUAAUGCAGAUUACAGAAUGUUUAGCGUGCUGCAGAUAAAGCUUAUGAUUCGCUCUUUAUGAAGAGCUCUAAAUUACAAUUACAGGCUAAGAUUUGUUUUUCCUCGACCCUGAGGAACCGUAUUUAAAAAUGUACAAAUAUACCUAUCUAGAUGUUAAUGGUAAUAAUUAGUUCAAAGACAUUUAGUUCUUAGGGAGGGAUGUGUAUGUAUUUGUGUGUGUGUGUGUGUGUGUGUGUGUGUGUGUGUGUGGCCUAGGGACUGGCUGUCUACUCUGACCCUGAGUUUCAUACACACGCAGUGUGACCGCCUCAGCUGGUGAGGAGUGUGUGUGUGUGUGUGUGUGUGUGUCGCUGAACAGCGUGUGUGCUGACAUUGGUGUUUUGCACAGUUGUACCUUUUCCCCCCUUGUUGCACUCACAUAAAAAGAAUUAUGGGAAAAAAUAUCUUAUUUGUGGGUCAUUCUCUUGUUUUUUUGUUUUUUUCUUUUUUUAUACUUCCUCUGGCUUCUACUGUUGUACUUGACCGCCUUAAUACUACUGCACCCAGACCCCCCCUCCAUCUCUCACUUUGCUGUUUAUAAGGUUGUAACUGGAAAUUAUGAAAAAAAAUGUCACUUUUUUUAUUUGAAAAUUUAUUUAUAAUUUUAUUUCACCUUAUUCUGAAAGAGAGUCGAAGCUGUGAAAUGGCGUGCUUAAACAUCUCCAUUAUAUCGGAAUAUUUUUAGGUUACUUGAAAACUAUAAACUGUAUCUGCUGUUGGGGAAUAGAGAGAAACACAUAACAAACAAAUAAACAGGUAAACAGGAAGUUGGCAGAAUUCUGGGUGUUACAGUUUACACCUAGAGGAUUCUGGGAAGAAGGGGACAAGGAGAGUGAAAAUGUACCUGGGGUGGGGGAGGACAAUCACUGUCUGGAUUUAAAAAAAGAAAAAAAGAAAAAAAAAAUGGAUGGCAUUGAGUCCGACUCUCAUUAUCUUCCCUGCUGAGCUGUUUGGAGCUGGUCAGGAUUGUUCUGUUUAUGGAGUUAGACUUUUAGCUUUGACAAUCAUAGUAUGUUUUAUUUUCAUUUUCUCUCUCUCUCUCUCUCUUUCUCUCAAGGGAAGUAAAUUCUGAAGCUGUUUAGUUUUGUACUUUUUUUGGUGUGCUGUUGGUGAAAUGAAAAAAAAAUUUCUAAAUUGUGUGCAAACCGCAAUAAAUUAUAAGACUCUUGA